AUGGAACUCAAUAUUACAAUGUAUCAAGGAGCAGAAGUCAUCAUUAGCAAAGAAGACAAACAAGAUGAGUAUCAAUAUCCUUAUCGUCAUGCCCGGAAAAGAAGAAACGAACAUGGUGAAGGAGAAGGUUUAACACAAUCCACAGGUACACCUAAACGAAGGAUUAUGGAGAAAAUUAACAAUAUUGAUCAUGCUCCGCUUGAAAUCCAGGAAGAAACAGGAACAUCUUCAUACUUCAGCAAUCAUCGAACAUUUCGGAAACAAACAAAUGAAUCAUCAAGUAAAAAACAACAACAACAACAACAACAAUAUCGGGAAUCAUUUCCACCCUGUCGUAUCAAACUAAAAGAGGAUAAUUAUCCAGUUCAAGAUGUUACCAUCAUCAAGGAAUUAAACAAGAAAUGCAAAGUAAAAUUAACAUAUGGUCGCAUGUCUAAUAGAAACAAAGAGAAAUACUACUUACUGUACUGCAACACAGCAACACAGUAG